UAGGAAUUUGUUUUAUCAGAUUCGGACCCGGCCACCUCAAUCAAUUCCUUUCACAUUCUGUUCCACCACCACGCUCCUCCUCUAUUAAUAUUCUCCCCCAUGCGGCUCGAUGUUUUGUUGUGACUACCCAGUUCCCUAAUUGCUCAAAUGCCAGCUUAAAUGCUCGCUGGUUCGCCUACCUGACGGCUGCUCCGUAUUUGAUCGCAUCAGCCUCGGCAACUCGUCCGUUCUAUCGUUCUGUCGUUCUGUCCUCCUGCGGCAACGGCAACGUCGCUCAUUUCUAUUCGCAUAAUCCAUUUGCCCUUUGGAGGACUACUAUAUUCCCAAUGGUUCACGCUGUGGCAGCGCCGUCUACCAUGCCAUCUGCCGCGCGCUCUAUCCAUAGCGGUAGGGGGAAAAUUCCCCUGUCGUCUACGUCACAUCCUGACAACCCGAUCCCUGAAGAACCUCGCACCAUCCCGUCUCUCGCAGAAUCCGUCCAAGCCCUGGAUAUCAACCAGGAAUCGCAAUCAGCUCUCUCAAACCAAUCAGUCGCCGGCCUGUCGGAAAGCGAUUCGGACACUGCCGAAACACCGAUUACGGAGCACUCCGAUGAUGAAAAUGGGCAGUUUGACCGACAGAAGCCAGAGGCUGCUCGCAGGCGCCGUGCUUCUACUGCCUUGAUUGCCGAGAGUUCAGAAGAUGUGCAGAGGAUACUAGGCAAUGUUGGCGUUGGUGGGACAACUCAAUUGGUGGAAAAAGUCUGCUGCGGUGGUGGUUGCUGCUUGUUACAGCCAUUACCUAGCGCGACGAAGGAAAUUUUGAACCCAAUCCAGACACCCGACAACAAAGCUUAUCAAAGCUUGAACUUAAAGAUUCGGGGACUAGCUGUGGAUAGCGAAUUGACGAAUGUCGUUCCUCUGCCGGAAAAGACGGUCUCGUUCUCGCCAGUCUCUGCAGACAAGAUUGACACCAAAUUGGGACCGGCCGAUCAUCCUCCCAAGUUUGUCCAGCCUCAUCCGCCAUAUGAUGUCUUCCGCGCACCAUUACAUCACGCUCGCGAACUUACGAAGUCUGGUGCCGAGAAAAAGACAUACCAUUUCGACAUUGACGUGACAGACUACCCUGUCGAAGGAGGAGAUGUUGACUUUGUAGUUGGUGGCGCCAUCGGUAUAUGUCCGAUGAACAGCGAUGAAGCCGUUGACAGUGUUUUCAAUUGUCUAGGAAUCCCCAAGCCCAUCAGAGACAAAAAGAUUACUGUGCACACCACCUCCGGGCGCUGGCCGACGAUCUGGGGCGAGGAGAAGGCUCGGGAUCUCAUAACCACUCGGCGAGAAUUGCUAAGGUGGUGCUCAGAUAUUCAAAGCUACCCCCCAACCAAGCAGCUCUUCCGUGUUCUUGCAGAAUUCGCCUCCGAUCCUAAUGAAAAGAAAAUUCUCAUAUACCUUUGCUCUGCCCAGGGACAGGGUGCUUUCUGUGAUUUGCGAACCGGGGUGCAUGUUUCGGUUGAACAGCUCUUGCAAGCCUUCCCAUCUACCCAUCCGCCUCUUGACUAUCUUCUUUCCGUCUUAAGUACUCUCAUGCCACGCUUCUACUCCCUCUCCCAAGAUCCAACUAUCUCCUGUACCACUCGUGGAGAAGACUGUCGGCGGACCAUCGAGAUCGCCGUAACUGUCCACGAGAGCGAUGACUGGCAGCAUGGAACAAGAACCGGAGUAGGCUCCGGUUUUCUACAACGUCUAGCCCAGAAAAUGGCCGCUGCUGAAAGCCAAGGCAUUGAUCCGAAGACACUUGACCUUCACGUACCCAUGUUCCGAGGCCUAAUGGCCAACCCUCUCGCCCGAGAAUUCGUCCUUGAUGGACCAAUGCUCUUAAUCGGAGCGGGCGUUGGAAUCGCCCCCUUCCGCGGCUUUGUCCAGCGGCGACUAAAAUCGGCUAACUGUGUCAAUAAAGUCUGGGUCCUUCAGGGAAUCCGCGACUCAUUACUCGAUGAAUUGUACAGCGGUGAAUGGGGCGUUGACGAAGAAAAAGUCAAAAAGGUCGUCCAAAGCCGUCGCGGCGAGAGUCGCUACGUACAAGAGGAAGUCCGUCACCAGGCUGAUCUUGUCUGGUUCGUCAUCAAUGCCCUUGAUGGCCGUGUUUUCGUUUGCGGGAGCAGUAAAGGCAUGGGCGAGGGCGUGGAAGCGGCUCUGGUUGAUGUUGCCAUGGCGAAAGGCAACCUGAACUUUUCCGAAGCAAAGGAAUUCUGGGAUAGGAAGAAAGAUGCCGGGCAGUAUAUUGCAGAAACAUGGUAAACUAAAUCCUAAGCCACUACUAGUAUACAGCCACUCUAGUAGUGGGAUGUUUUAAUUGUCAAUUCGUCACGCAAUUCAGCCUGUUUUCAUCUCGGUACUUUGCACAAUUUCUGCGGCAUAUCCCUUUUUUUUUGUUGGCGUUGGAGGCUGCAUAUGUUUAUGUCUCGAAUUAGUACAUAGGGGGCUUUCGUGUGUUCAGUCUAGAUUUGUUUAUCGAGGUAACUCAAGCCAGCAGUAUACAGAUUUAAGUAUAUGU